AUGGUCUCGUUCACCUCUCUUGUCACUGCUGCUAUUGCUGCGACGGGCGUUUUCGCUGCUCCUACUGAUGUAGCUGCUCGUUCGUCUGGUGACCUCGUCGCCCGUCAAAGCACCCCCAACGCCGAGGGAACGCACAACGGCUGCUUCUACUCUUGGUGGACUGAUGGCGGCUCCCGUGUCACCUACACUAACGGUGCCGGUGGUAGCUACAGCGUUAACUGGGGAAGCGGUGGCAACUUUGUCGGUGGAAAGGGAUGGAACCCUGGAUCGGCCCGCACCAUUACCUACUCGGGCACGUACAACCCCAACGGUAACUCUUAUCUUGCCAUCUAUGGCUGGACGCGUAACCCGCUUGUUGAGUACUACGUCGUUGAGAACUUCGGAACUUACGACCCGAGUUCCCAGGCUACCAACAAGGGCACCGUGACUGCCGACGGCUCUUCUUACAAGAUCGCUCAGUCGACCCGUACCAACCAGCCAUCUAUCGAUGGAACCAGGACCUUUCAGCAGUACUGGUCUGUUCGCCAGAACAAGCGCUCCAGCGGAUCUGUCAACAUGAAGACUCACUUCGAUGCCUGGGCCAGCAAGGGCAUGACUCUUGGCAACCACUACUACCAAAUCGUCGCUACUGAGGGUUACUUCUCUACCGUCGGUGAACCGGAACCUGAGGCUAAGAAAGAAACGCCCGUACCCGCAAAUGAGCCCAAGAGAAAGAGGCCUGCCAACGAUAUCGCUAUGAGAGAAGAAGAGCCACAAGGAGAUCCAGAGCUUGUGUUCCGCCGCUUCAAGCGCCUCGUCCGACACAAGAUUGAGAACCUAGAAAGGGAAGAGAUUGCGGUUCAAAUCACACUAAACGCAUAA